GCGGGCAGUCAUAGGGCGCUGCAGUCACAUGAGAUGGAGGGGCUGGACCGAGAAUCCUUGAUGCUCAGUCUGUGUGUGGAGCUCCAGGAGCUGAACUCUGCUGCUCGUCUCCUGCCUGGGUCACAGGAGAGUCGAUCCAUAUCAACAUGUCGGACACAGAAGAAGUCGUGGAUGAAGACGUCCAGGAUGGAGAAGACGAAUCAAAGCCAAAACCAAAAUUCAUGACAAACAUCACAGCCCCAAAGAUGCCCGAUGGAGAAAAAGUGGAUUUUGACGACAUCUACAGGAAGCGUCAGGAGAAGGAUCUGGCUGAGCUGCAGUCCCUCAUCGAGGCUCACUUUGUCCAGCGCAAAAAGGAUGAAGAGGAGCUGGUCGCUCUGGUUAACAGAAUUGACAAGCGUCGUACUGAGAGAGCGGAGCAGCAAAGAGUCCGAGCUGAGAGGGAGAAGGAGCGGCAGGCCAGACUUGCAGAGGAGAAGGAGCGCAGGGAGCAGGAGGAGCAGCGUAAGAAGCUAGAUGACGAUGCCAAGAAGAAGAAGGUCCUCACUAACAUGACUCAGCAGUACACAGUGGGACAGAAGAAUGAAAGCAGAAAAGGAGGCAAGAAACAGACAGAGAGGGAGAAGAAGAAGAAAGCCCUGGCUGAGCGCAGGAAGCCUCUCAACAUUGAUCAUCUGAAUGAGGACAAACUCAAGGAGAAGGCUAGUGAGCUUUGGCAGUGGCUGAUGGGUCUGGAGGCCGAGAAGUUUGAUCUUAGCGAGAAACUUAAAAGACAAAAAUAUGACAUUAAUCAGCUUCUGAGUCGAGUCCAGGAUCAUCAAAGUGCCAAGGGUCGGGGUAAAGGGAAGAUGGGCGGCCGGCUCAGGUGAAGCGGUUUGGGAUGAAGGCAACAAAGAACCGGCAAAUGCCUGUGACUGCGGAGGAUCAUGUAAAAUGUUCAUCUGAGCAGAAACAAAUGUUUAUGUGCAAUAAAAAAACUAAUAACUAAAAAGAAAACCUUCAAAUAAACAGAGAGAACACUGUGAAAUAAUGUCUCUGAACAUGUAAUAAAAGGAUAGCUACA